AUGACUAUGGCAAAAAUAACUAGCAAAAAGUGGAUCAGCGAAGAAACGGUAGAUGAGGAGGAGCUAUUUAGCCAUUGUAGAGAAAUGGAUAUUGUAUGUUAUGCUAUAACCAAAGUGAUUUUGGAAGCCGACAACAAAUGGAAGGAUUGUGGUGGGAAAAUAAAUAAUCAUACUUUAUUAAAUCGUAGCUAUAUUAUGGAGUUAGUUAGUAUACAGGUUCUUGCAAAAAGUCGCACAGAGGUUAAUUGCCACCGUCUUAUUAACUGUUUGGUACUGAUGUACAAUCCUGACGACCACAUAGAUAGUGCCUCCUGUUCUAGUAGUGCGGAUAGCUUGGAAAUAUUCCAUACUUUGACCAAACAUAUAACUCCACCCACAUCGUCUGCCUCUCGUCGUCACAGUCUAGCAAAACGUCGACAAGCGUUUAUCGAUAACAAAAAAGCUAAAAUGAAGCAAGCCCAAAGUCUCGUAGAACUAAAGAAUGGACAUAAAAAGGUUACUGAAAUGCUAAAUCCCCAAAAUUCAGAUGGUGAAGUUCCCUACACUUCACUGUUGACUAACGAAUGUGUCUUAGAUAAUGUCUUUAAUAGUGAUGAAAAUGUAAAUGGAAUACUUCAAAGUGAAGAAAUGUACAUAGAAAUCCUUUUGGACACUGUUUCGAAUAUUUCGCCUUUAUUAUUGGGACCAAAAGGAGUGAAAAAACUUAAAUCAGGCAGAGUGCAAGCCAGCAAGAAGGCUGCACAAAAAGUGACCGAGUAUUAUCAAAACUUGCUGUGGGGCGAUGUGGGUAGUUGCUUGGAACACCUUGUGUUAUGGUGGUCUGCUUUCCCUUUAGCUACAAGGUCACCUAACACAUGCCAAAAUCUACGAGAGUGGUUAUUUGCUACAUUCAAUGAUAAUAAUACUCCAGAUCUUGUCCUAUCAUCGUUAAGAAUUUUGGCAGAUGCUUUGGGAUGUCAUGUUACUUUAACGUCUUGGGACAAGCAUUUUGGGGCGACAUUAACAACAAACCUAAAACCAGUAUCGCUAAAGGAUUAUCCAGACCUUUCGGUGUACGUCACAGAAGCUACAGUUUCCGGCGCGAAUUUUGCGCUGAUGCUUAAAGAACUAGUCACCCUCAACAACCACUGCGAAGUGACGUGGGAUUACAUUCUGGGGGCGCCCUUGGAAGACUUGCCAAUAGUGGAGCAAAUACCUAUUCUUCAUAGAUUGGACCACUCGAUUCACACGUACCGUCUGUGGUGCGUAGCGGUGACGCGGUCGCUAGCGAACGCGUGGGCGAUGGACGACUUCUUCCGUGUGUCGCAACGUGACUUGCGCGCGUGUCUCGACCAGCUGGAUAGCUUGCGGUUUGCUGACCAUUCUGUUGCUAUCGAUUCUGGAAAAAUUGGCGUCCAUGAAAAUGUUUGCGCCAAAAUGAGAGAAAAAUUAGUAUCCGAAGUUAAAGUCAACAUACAGAAACUGAAGGAAGCAAUAGAAAAGAUAACAGCUGUGCUAGCCUCAGUGUGUGCGACCACCUCCCUCGCGCACCUCACCAUGAUCUUCCCGAGCAACGCUGAGUGGCGGCGCAUAGCCGUCCCCGGACCCGAGCAUUCAUUAUAUGUGCAGGACUUUUUGGAUAAAAUGCUGUUACCAGUGAUAAUGGCGACGCAAGACAUCACCACACUCAAUAUGAUAUUACGAAUCAUGUGCGAGUCGUGGCUUCAUCAUAUUUACGUCGCGAAGGUUAAAUUUACGAAAGACGCUGCAUUACAGCUCUUAGCAGAUUUCAACGAAGUACGAAACUGGUUGAACGAUUGCAAGCAUUUGCAAGCUCCGGCCAAGAAACAAAUGUUACAAAAUGAAGUUCUGAGACGGUGCGAGGGCGUGGGGCGGCUGCUGCUGCACGCGCCCGGCGACCUCAUCUCCAUGCAGGAGCCCGCGUUGCACGCCGCCAACAUACGCAAAAAUGAAACCGACAAUCAAGAACAGCUGAUGCCCGCGGAAAUGUACGUUCCGAAUCAAAAGCAAUGGCUGACGUUGCGCGCCAACAAGCUGAGGGGACCCGUCGCCUUCGCGUUCUGCUGUCUCGUGCUACAC